GGGCUGAAGGGAGCUGUGCUGGAGGCAGGGAAGGUUGUGAUUGGAGUUGAGAACUAGAUGAGCCAAUCAUGAAGGACUAUGACCAUGGUAUGCUUACAUCCACAAUAAGCCAUAUAUAAGCCCUGUGUAUGACACCAUAUGAUGGAGGUGGUCUGGGAGUCCGAUAAUGACACUUGUGACACAGGUGAGGAGCAUUCAGAUGAUUCCAGUCAUUCCUCUGAGCAGGUGGGUCGCAAAUCUAGCCUCCAGCUGGAGGUAGACUUAGACUACUCUCAACCGUGCAGUCCUGGUUGUAGCCCUGCUGGACCUUCAGGUAGGCAAGAACUCCCUGUAGAAUUGCAGUGUGAAGAUGAGGAAACCUAUGAGACCUACUACCAGAAGCGAGGCGAGACUACAGCUGGGGUCUUUGUCACCUCCAACACCAAUUUUGACCUGCAAUGUGAAAAUGAGGAUCUGGAGUUCUACUCCUCUGAGGAACCUCAGGGAGGGUUAAGUGAGGAUGAUGAAAACAUCAUUCUUGUUGAUGCUUUUGAUGAGGAGGACCUGGAGCCCAUCACUGGAGAAGCUUUGUCUUAUAGGUGCAAGAAGUGUGGUGCCUCUUUCCAGGAUCUGGGUGAAUUACAAGAACACAAACAGAUCCACCUGACAGAGAAUUCAUACCAAUGCCCCAUCUGCGGCAAAGAGUUCUUCCAUGCUGCGAACUUGCGAAUGCACAAGCUCAUUCAUUCUAGUGACAGGCCACACAAGUGUCCGGAGUGUGACAAGGGGUUCAUCCGUACAGCUGAUGUUUGGAGGCACCUACGCAAUGUGCACAAGAUUGAGCGUUCCAAGGGAGUUUUGGGAAAUGGUAUGGUUAGCAACCGGGGGUCAACAUUACACCAAAACAAGCAUGGCCAUGGGGACUCUGACCAGCAGUGUUCAGAAAAUAAAAAGCCCGCGGGAGAAGAGUCUAAACCUUACAUCUGUCCAGUGUGUGGCAAAGGUUUCCGUAAACCUAAUCUGCUGUCCAGACACAAGGUGAUCCACCGACAGGAUAAACCACAUAAAUGUCAAGAAUGUGGGAAGUCCUUUGUUGAGCGGCUCAAGUUGAAAAGGCACCAGCAGAUUCACUCUGGAGAGCGCCCUUUCUACUGUGAGGAAUGUGGAAGGACUUUUACACAGCUGGUAACACUACAGUGCCAUCAGCGGAUCCAUACUGGAGAAAAACCGUAUUCUUGUGCUUACUGUGGUCGUCGCUUCACAGUAUCUGCCACUCUAAGGAAGCAUGAGCGCACGCAUAAAGUGGACAAAUCGUAGUAUUUAGGGCUCCAUGGUUGUGGUCACCAUUGUUUCCUGUUACCUGAAUGAGACCUGCUCAAGACUGCUAGAGAAACUACCCCAGCCUACACACACAGGUCAGUCCACAGCCCCCUUCUCCAACGAUGGCCAGCAUAACUCUAAUAAGAAAACAUUGCCUCAUGAGGAACUCCAUGAUCUCCACAAGUAGUCUGUGUUAACCGGCCCUGCACCUGUUCGCUGGAGUUACAAGAGGGGAGAGCUCAAUUUCCAUUAAAUAAUGAGGUCAGCGAAGUCAAAGGAUAUCCAUCUGUACCUUGAUAUAACGCUGUCCUCGGGAGCCAAAAAAUCUUACCGCGUUAUAGGUGAAACCGCAUUAUAUUGAACUUGCUUUGAUUCACCGGAGUGCGCAGCCCCGCCCCCCUGGAGUACUGCUUUACCGCGUUAUAUCCAAAUUCGUGUUAUAUCGGGUCGCGUUAUAUCGAGGUAGCGGUGUAUAUGGAAGUGGAGUUCCUGGAAAGUACUGGGCAUUGUCAUAACUAGCUGGACUUUUCUGCGGGUGCAUCGAGUUGAGCUUUUCUCUAGGACUGAUGGGUUAAAUGGAGCCCUUCUGCAGUCACAGACUCUGAACUGAUUGUGACUGCUCUCCAGCACUUGAUUUGAAGAUGUCAUUUUUUGCCUAUACUAGGACUGCACAGUCCAUUUAAUCAGAGCUGGCCCAUCCAUACCUUCUCUCUGUUCAUUCUGUCAUGUUUUCUAAUGAAGUAUCUUUAUUUUGAAGAGAGGGAUCAUGUUGGUUGUAAAAAUCCAGGACUUUAAUAAACUAGAUAAUUAA